AUGUCAAGAUAUUAUAAACUUCAUCUUCACAAUGUCAAGCUAUUACAAACUUCAUCUUCACCAUAUCAACAUAUUACUAACUUCAUCUUUACAAUGUCAAGCUAUUACAAACUUCCUCUUCACAAUGUCAAGCUAUUACAAACUUCAUCUUCACAAUGUCAAGAUAUUACAAACUUCAUCUUCACAAUGUCAAGAUAUUACAAACUUCAUCUUCACAAUGUCAAGCUAUUAAAAACUUCAUCUUCACCAUAUCAAGAUAUUACUAACUUCAUCUUCACAAUGUCAAGCUAUUACAAACUUCAUUUUUACAAUGUCAAGCUAUUACGAACUUCAUUUUUACAAUGUCAAGCUAUUACGAACUUCAUCUUCACAAUGUCAAGCUAUUACAAACGUCAUCUUCACAAUGUCAAGCUAUUACAAACUUCAUCUUUACAAUGUCAAGCUAUUACAAACUGCAUCUUAACAAUGUCUAGAUAUUACAAACUUCAUCUUCACAAUGUCAAGCUAUUACAAACUUCAUCUUCACAAUGUCAAGAUAUUAUAAACUCCAUCUUCACAAUGUCAAGCUAUUACAAACUUCAUCUUCACAAUGUCAAUAUAUUACAAACUUCAUCUUCACAGUGUCAAGCUAUUACAAACUUUAUCUAUUGGCUCUUAUUGUAUAAAACUAGUAGCUGUCAACACCAGACUUCAGACGAAAGAGAAACCGGUCUCCUAUUGAUACUACAAGUCAAUAUUCGGCUGUAUAUAUCGUAUUGUGUAGUCAAUAUUCGACUCUAUGUAUCGUAUUUUGUUGACAACAUUCGACUCUUUAUGUAUCGUAUUUUGCUGACUCAAUGUAUAGAAAACAUAGGCUGGGGGCAUUAUCCAUUAGGGAUUGUGUCGACAUUGAGACUCCGAACACUCAAUAUGAGAUUUUUCUUCAGCCUGAGUCUUGCCAUCGUGGCAUUCCUUGCCCAUUAUAACAACGCUGCUUUACGAGCUGCAAAUCCAUCCCGAAAUGGUGAAAUCCCGAUCUUCGAAGCCAACCAACUGAAAGCUGUAGCAACUGUUUACACAAUUGGUGUACAGAAGCUCAGUGGUGUCGAUUACAACGUAAACGAACUGCAACAGAUUUCUACUUCCGGUAACCAAGUCGAUAUUCCAGCUAACAAUAACGUCAACCAACAAGUCACCGUCCUACUCAACGAAUUUGACAAAAUUGCAAAUCUGGGUUGUGGCGGUUCAGUUGUUACAGGACCAUCAGUAUCAAACUCAGUCUGUGACGAAUGCGCUGCCGAAAAUGGUGUUGGAUACGUUACAUACAGAAACUCCGCCGGAGUCGUUGACGGAAGAUAUUUUAUCCAGUGUAAGCGUGAAGAUUUUGGAAAUGGUUUCAUUGCCAAUGUUUUAAGAUGUCCCGACAGUUUGUUUUGGCACGACGACUUGAAAAACUGCGUUGGUUUGAUUUCGUCUGAUAACUACGAAGGCCAAUGUGACUCCGGAACUUAUGUUUUCGCCUCUGUAUCCUGCGGAGCUUAUUUCAACUGUACUGAUGGUCAAGUAAGAAGUCAAUGUUGCCCUGACAAUACUGGUUUUGAUCCUGUUCAGAAAAGAUGUGUAACAGACCCUACUUGCAAGUUCCAUUGCUCAGAUCCAUCUCUCUCCAGAGCUGCCAACUGUGACAAAGAACCCGUUAUUAUGCAGACUGGACAAGUGAACCCAUGUAAAUUCAAGUGGAUCGUGUCACCAAGUGUUUCCUAUGAAAUGCCCUGUGCUGUUGGCACCAACUUCAACCAGACUGCUUGUUCCUGUACCAUCCACAGUAAUGGAACCUGCCCCGGAGUUUAUAAUGAUCCAUGUGACCCGGAUGUAAACGUCAAUUUCAAUAACAACAAAGUCGUGGAUACCAGAGGAAGUACCGUCGUCAACAAGGGAGGUGCUGCUGUAAACAACGGAAUAGCUACCUUCAAUGGUCAAAACCGACAGAGAGUUCAAUUCAUGCGUUAUACCAACAACGACUUCACCUUACCUUUAGCCAUCAAAAUCAAAUACCGAGACACCGAAAGUAAACAAAAUAUGGCUUUGGUAGCCACUGGUGACUGUUUAAGCAAACCCGGUCUGUAUGUUUUGGUUGGAAACAGUCAAGUCACCCUUGGUUUACACACAGAAUCACAGGGAUACAGUACUAAAUAUGAAACUUCCACCAACGCACCAGGACUUAACCAAUGGAAAGAAGUUGUAUUCCAUUUUGACGGUAGCGUCUUACAGGGUGAAGUUAGAACUUUGGACAGCAAUGGAAAUAGUAUAGUAAACCGAUCACCAAUCCCACCACGAACAGUUUCAUCCGGUGCUGGAGUCAGAAUUUUGGAAACAGAAGGUGCUAUGGUUCUUGGUUAUGCUCAUGAUAGUGGUUAUCCAGGAUUCGUCGGUGACGUCGAUGAAUUCACCGUAUGGAGAGGAUGCAAAGCCAAAGCUUCACCAAGUGAAUAUUAAACCCGCCAUCUUGUUUCCACUGUCCAGUAAAACAUGGCAGAUGUAACCUUGAUAACAAGAGAUAACCAGAUUUUUCAUUUUUAUUUAUUAAAUUAAAUGAUAACUCCAAUAUUUUCUUCCAUAUUUUUAUACUUUUUACGAUCAUAUUAGAAUAAAGAUUAUAUGAUAAAGAUUGCAAGUA